AAAUGGUUGCGCGGCUGGCGGCCUCAUCCGUCUCAACGUUGCACGAGCUCGUGAGCAGCGCGCUCGAGCUCGUGUUUUUCCACCUCUCUGGUGCGAUGCCACACAUAUGCCUCGUCGGGGAAGACGAGCAAGGACGCUUCAGGCCCCUUGCCGUAUGCGAGCACUGGAAAAGGAAUCAGCGGUAUGCGUUUCUUUUUUUGUGUGUGUGUGUCAACGAGCAAGGAAGCCGGGAGGAAGCAUAUAGUAUCUCGGCGCUGGCGUGCGGCUUCCACUGCCGGCCCUGGGCCGUGCCGAUUCGCCCGUCGUGCGAGGUUCCUUCACCCUCGGUCCUUCUCGCCCGAGUUGUCGAGGGCAGAAGGGAGGGGAGCGGAGUCACAUCCCGUGUUUGUUACGCGUCCGGCGACCCACGCGCUAUAGCGCCGCUGCGACGCGAUGGGCGCGGACACUGCUGCGCUUCGGCGGUUGCGAUUCGUCAAGGGCUUCAUCGGCAACAUUGGCAAGCUCAUGGGCGCCGCAAACCAUACCACCAGGCUAUGAAUGAUCGCUUUUCUGAGAAGAGAAGGAGAGAAGAGUCUCUGCCUGCGCACGGGCUUCGCAGCACCACGCCGGUUUCGCCCACUGCAUCAUCCUGCUAGUUCUCGAACUCACCGAACGUCGUGGAAUUUAAAUAGCGAAACUGCUCACGAAAGAUGUGAGCUGCGGCGAGAGGUCCGGGGAGCGUAACGGCAGGCGAAAAAGAAAAACCCAAACUGCAGCAGUCGCUGCGUGACGCCUAGCGCAGCAAGAUCUUUCGCCGCUGGCAGCGCGCUUUUCCGGCUUUUGUGAGGCAUCGCGCGACAUCGCCACUGUGCAGCGAACGAACGACGUCGACACGCGACGACCCCAGCCCGCCGCCGGGCAGCGGAGCAGCGCCUAGCCUCCAGUUCGCGUUAGGCUACGUGUUCCCUGCUGCAAGCGUGUGUGCCUGUGCGCGUGCUUCUUGUGUUUUGAUUCGCAGCGAUAGCGAAGCGUGGUGCGCGCAUCGUCUUGUGUCGUCUGCUGCAGGGUCUCCGUCUGCGAGGCAGUGCAUGCGCGUGCACCGAGUCGUCUGGCUCGUUCUGCGGUGGUUUCUGCUGCGCGCGGCAUCCUUUCGUAUUUAGUUUCGACGGGUGUAGUUUGUUUUCACUUUACGGCUGUCGAAACCUCCGACGAACUUCUGUGUGUGUUUGUGCGUGUGCCAUUGCCCCUCUUUUUUUUUUCUUUCUGUCAUCUUUGUUACCUGCUCCAUCCAUCAUUUCGUCGUUGACAUUGAGUACACCAGGACUGACUUCCUUUACCGCGGCGUUGACGUGAAGCCGGCGAAGCGCCCCGGCAUUGGCCUCACGUUGUUCCGGCUUACCUUGACCUCGACGAGCACCGGAUGACGUAACUGGCGGCGGUGUUCGUGGCUCCAUCACCACCACCCCGAUGCCCUCUGGCGGUGGAGGGACCGCCGGCUCGAGCCGGUGCGGCGGUCCGGCGCGGGAACGCCGACGCCGGCGACUACGCGGGGCGCCCUGACCCAGGCCGCCGGGAACUGCCGCCGCCGAACACAUGUGCCCGUGCACUAGCCGCCGAGCACCGGCAACGCUCCGGCGCACGACGCCGGCUAGGUGGCUGCUGCAGGUCUGCGUGCUGCUGCUGCUUCUGGAGAUGGCGGCCGAGCGGCACGGGGCAUUGGGUGCCGUGCCGCUCAGCUCCCAGCGGCAGACCGGCAGCAUCCCGGGGGACUUCAUCAUUGGCGCCCUCUUCCCCGUGCACCAGUCACCGGACGCCAAGAACGCGCAGACGCGCACCUGCGGAGAGGUCCGCGAGCACUACGGCAUCCAGCGCGUGGAAGCCUCUCUGCACACUAUCGACGACAUCAACCGCAAUGAUGCGCUGCUGCCCAACGUGACACUGGGCAUCGAGAUCAGGGACUCGUGCUGGUAUUCGCCCACAGCGCUCGAGCAGAGCAUCGAGUUCAUCCGGGACGCCAUCAGCGCCCAGGAGACGAGCGGAGUCAGCGGGCAGAACCUCACCGAGUUGCCCCCCGCCUGUCCCAAGGGACCGGCGAGACGCGUCAAGAACCUGGUGGGCGUCAUUGGGCCCGGGUCCUCUGCUGUCACCAUACAGGUUCAGAACCUGCUGCAGCUGUUCAACAUCCCGCAGAUCGGCUACUCGGCCACGUCGCGGCAGCUGAGCAGCAAGCAAUUCUUCAAGUACUUCCUGCGCGUGGUGCCUUCCGACCAGUACCAGUCGCAGAUGAUGGUCGACACGCUGCUCAUGUACAACUGGACGUACAUCUCGACCGUCAACACAGAAGGCAACUACGGCUACAACGGCAUCGACGAGUUCACCAGCCGGGCCAAGGACGCCGGGAUAUGCGUGGCCAACUCGCACGCCAUACCGACGGAUGCGGACGACGAGGACUACAAUGCAGUAGUGCGCAGUAUCGACAAGUUCGGCACUGCCCGCGUGGUGGUCUGCUUCUGCGAGGGAUUCACCGUGCAGGCGCUCAUCAACGCCACCGCCAGGCUGAGGGUCGCCGGGAAGUACAUUUUCUUCGGCAGCGACGGCUGGUCCGACCGGCAGGACGUGGUGAAGAACCAAGAGAAGGCGUCCGUCGGGAGCCUGUCCAUCCGCUUCCACGCCAACUACGAUCACGACUUCGACCGCUACUACUUCGGCCUGAACCCGUUCAGCAACGUGCGGAACCCGUGGUUCAAGGAAUUCUGGGAAGUGCGCUUCAACUGCUCCCUAGGCGUCGGUCCGGGCUCGGCCCGCUACAACCGCACCUGCACCGGCAAGGAAGAUCUUCGGGAAGGUCACAAACAGGACACGAAAGUGGAGUUCGUCAAGAAAUCUAUCUACACCAUGGCAUACGGCCUUCACAACAUGCAUCGCGACCUCUGCCCCAACACCUCCGGCGUGUGUCCAGCCAUGGUGCCCGUCAAUGGCUCCGUCUUUUUGCAGUACCUCAUGAACGCCACGUUCGCUUGGAACAACGAGACAGUCUUCUUCCACGAGAACGGAGACCCGCCAGGGCGGUACGACCUGAUGAACUACCAACAGCUGGGUGAGCACCACUACGACUACGUGCAGGUUGGUUCGUGGGUCAACGGUGAGCUCACCAUGACUGGCGAGGUGCAGUGGCACCAAGCACAACGAAAGACGCCGCCCGUCUCCAUAUGCUCGCUACCCUGCGAGAAGGGAAAGGUCAAGAGCAUCCACUCGGAAACGAUGAAGUGUUGUUGGAACUGUGUGGCCUGCAAAGAGAAUCAGUACGUCAAAGACGAUUACACCUGCUUGGACUGCGAGAGGGGUUGGUGGCCCAAUGAGAACCUCACGGGCUGCGUGCGCAUCCCGGAGGAGUACAUCCACUGGACUGACAGCCAGUCGCUGGCAGCCAUGAGCAUAGCCUGCCUGGGCCUGAUGGCCACGCUGGCCGCCAUGAUCAUCUUCAUCCGCCACAACGACACGCCCGUGGUGAAGAGCUCGACGCGCGAGCUGUCCUACAUCAUACUGGUCGGCAUGUUCCUGUGCCACGGGACCACGUUCGCUCUGCUGGCCAAGCCCAGCGCGCUCACCUGCUUCAUCACGCGCGUGCUGCCCGGCCUCAGCUUCGCCAUGAUCUACGCGGCGCUCGUCACCAAGACGAACCGGAUCGCCAGGAUCCUGGCCGGUUCCAAGAAGAAGAUCAUCACCAAGAAGCCUCGAUUCAUGAGCGCCACCGCCCAGGUGGUGAUCACGUGGCUGCUCAUCUCCGUCGAGGCGGCCAUCAUCGGCGCCAUGGUGGUGCUCGAGCCGCCCGACAGCAUGUUCGCCUACCCGACGCUGGACCGCGUCAAGCUCAUCUGCAACACCACCACGCUGGGCAUCAUCGCGCCGCUGGGCUUCGACUUCUUCCUCAUUGCGAUGUGCACGGUGUACGCCGUGAAGACGCGCAACGUGCCGGAGAACUUCAACGAGGCCAAGUUCAUUGGCUUCACAAUGUACACGACUCUGGUGAUCUGGGCCGCGUUCGUGCCCAUCUACUUCGGCAGCAAGCACAAGGUGAUCACGCUCUGCCUCUGCAUCAGCUUCUCGGCCGAGGUGGCCCUGGUGCUCCUAUUCAUGCCGCGCGUCUACAUCAUCCUGUUCCGGCCGGACAAGAACAACCGCAGCGCCUUCACCACGUCCAAGGACGUGCGCUGCCACAUCGGAUACAUGAACUCGAACAUGGCCGCGGCCACGGCCGCCGGUGCCUCGGCCGUGUCCAGGAACUCGUCGCACUCGACGUCAGAGUUCUCCAUGGAGUCUCCCAGGAACCACACCGCGGAGACGGUGAUCAAGCCGCCGCCGACGCGCUCCAAGAGCCUCAACCUGCUGGAGCGGUUCCGGGCCAGCAAGCAAGACCGCAUCAAGGCCAGCGUCGCGCAGCACAUCCGCGCGGUGCGCGCCGCCGAGGCGCUCGACCGGCGCACCCACCUGCGCCACUCGGUCGAGCCGCUGUUCGGGACGUCGCCCAAGGUGCCCGCGCAGCGCACCUCCUCCGACUCGCCGCCCGGCGCGCACGAGCGCCGGAGGCUGGUGCAGCAGCAGCAGGCGGCCGUCGCGUACGGCGCCGCCUCGGCCUCCAAGCGGGAGGUCUCCUGCCAGACGACCGACGACCUGGUCGAGAUGUGGAUGCCCUGCCUCCGCAGGCGCAUCGCGCGCUCCGAGACGCUCAUGUCGACGCUGUCGCCCGACGACGAGGACGACGUGGCCUCCGGUCUGCGGCACCGGAAACUGUGCCGCCACGUGCCCUCCGUCAGCGACGACGAGGUGCUGGACGUCGUGUUUCGCGGCGGCAGCUUGCAGCAGCAGCAGGAGUAUCACCACCACCAUCACCACCUGCCCGGUGGUUCGGUCAGGUACGGCCGCAGUGGUUCCGGCGGUGGCGCUUCGUCGGCGGCUUCGGCGUUCAAGAGCGACGAGUCCCUGCUGGAAGGUGCUUCCUCCAUCGUAGAGGAGAGUGCCAGCAGCGGCAGCGAGGACGCCGCCGUCUACAAGAACAUCAUCAUCAGCCUCGGCAGCCCCGACGCGGUGCGCGUGCGCCAGACUCCCGCGUCUCCAGUGAUAACGCCCCGCCGCGGGAGCAGCGGGGGCAGAAGCGCAAGUAACGGCGAAGACGUGACUGCCGUCGAGUCCACUUCGUCGUCCCCGUGGGCCGAGGUGUCGGCCCAACUACUGCUCAGGUCGUACAACGGCAAUGCUCAAGGGACCGGUCAGCAGCCCGUGUACUGGGCCGGCCCAUCGUCAGGAUGCUCAGACCAAGAACGCUUCGGCAAGUGAGCCCCUCGUCCCGUUCAAUGCCCUUACUGCUGUCGCUACGGUAGCCAUCUCAAGGCAGUGUCGAGUGCUGUGCCGAGGUCGGUGUGUUUUGCUUUCUACUUCGUUUCUGUCAGCGCGUCCCGGGCUGCUUCGUCCUGCGGCGAAACUUUCUACUCUCUCGUGGCCAGCUUUCUCAGGCAACGUGCGGGGCCUCGAUCCGGAGAUUUUCCACGCGAAGUCCGCAGUUUCGGAGCUGCACCUCUCCUGGCAAACGUGCGAAUCGCUACGGCAGCGGACGACAGGUGGCUCUGCUACCACUGCCCAUAUGUUGGUAUUCUUUGUGUGUGUCUGUGCAUGUGUGUGUGUGUGUGUGUGUGUGUGUGUGUGUGGCGCAGCAGGAGCGUUCCAGCCAAAGCGAACCGCGUCGUAGUUGAGCCGGUCACAGAGUCGUUUUUCCUCGGCUCCCACGCCUGUCUUCCUGUUCCUUGUGAAAGCCUGGGUGACAUCCAAGAACCUUUCCCUGCACUCUCACAGAUGUGGCCUCUGGCAGCGUCAACGACGCAGCCUAUCGAGGUCAUCCGUGGGUUCGCGCUUUAGUAUAGGCGAGUAGCCGUGAACGGCGCAUAGGGAGUCUUGUCCGUGGGUGGUGCAAAAUGUUUACAUCGUUUUCUCUUUAUUUACUCAACAUCGUCUCUGACCGAGAAGAUGCCGCCAUUUAGCCAUCCUGUUUUAUCACGUAGUCUAGUAUGCGGAGUUCUCAUAACCCCGAUACAAACCCAUCAUGCACAGACGAGCUCUGAAACUCGAGCGGUUUCAACUUCUUUUGUUUAGCGCACUCCCUGUAACGCCAGUGAUGUUCACUCCUUCCAGAGCCGACACGAGAGGUCUACCCUUGUUUAUAUGUCGUUCUGAGCGUUUUCCUUCAUUUUACCAUACAUUCCUUCUUCCGUGUCCUCAUACGCGAAGAAACGAUGUGCAUCACUUCUUUUUAUUGCUGUUAACAGGAAUAAUACCAGCGAAAAAGCAGCUCUUCACUAUUUAAAACAUUCCCAAAGUUGCUUGACAUUGGUUGAUACGUAGUUGGCAUGACGUAGAAUACAACAUUGCCUGCAAGGGCCGGAAGGGGCAAAAGCUGCACUUUAUUUUGCUUGGUGUUCCACUGCUCUUAAUUUUUUACAGCUAGACUUUCACGUAUCAUGCUUAUUUAUUCUCGCUUAUUAAAACGUCCGUAUUUAUUUCUGAAAACACUUUCCAGAAUCGUAACAGAUGAGUUGAAAAUCAAAAUAACUGAGUAUGAAAAUAAUUUACUCGGGCUCUAAGUACCUUUCCGUUUGCCUUAUUGCGAGAUUCAAGCCUUCAAAUAAGCACCCACGUUUACAAUAUCUUUCCAGUCUAUCCCGAUUAAGGUGCUCAAUAAAGGAGUAGGUGAUGUUCACAAAGAAACUGCUGCUAGGCCGUAUAGUCUACAUAAAGCGGCAAUGAAGGUUUGUUUUACUCGUCUGUAAGUUAGUUAGCUAGAUACGACAUUAGGCAUAACUCGUGGGCAUUCGUGUUAUAAUUAGAGGAUUGUUCGAAAAUUUCUGUAGACUCGCUGUCCAUACUUGAAUUUAAGGUUUGACGACAAAUAUAAAGAUUUAACUAAAGUUAGACAUUACAUGCCGGCAUUGCAAAAAUACUGAUUCAUAUCUCUCGCAGCAAAAGAAUACGCUUUCUGUAGUGUUUUUGCUUCAUAGCCGGCUAUUGAAUAUUUUUUACCCUUCAAUGUUCAAAUUACAUGUUUGUGUAUCUGUUAUUUGUGUGUGUGUCUGUGUGUUGACACUUGUAAAUACGCAAAUCGAAGCAACCUUCUUUGACAAUAUCUUCCGUUCCGUGUUACCGUGCUUGCCUACAUGUUUUCUUUCCCUGUUGCUAUACGUAUAUGUAUAUUUAAGCCGAAACACCCCUGUCGCCGUUAGAAGCGACUCGAGUGGUGCUCAAUAUGUCAGUAAUACAGCAUGCCAAAUGACGAGGCCUAAGUGUCCGUCGCCUGGCGAAGAUAAAUACACCUUCCGUAGUGCUAGUCGUUUUCAUGUUCCUUUUCUUUGUGUUGUUGUACCAACGAAUGAAAGUGAACGUGCGCUCGUUGGCGCCUUUUUUUUCGGGCACCAGUUAAAUGAGCAAGGGUUGUAUACUAUGAGGGCUGAAGCGAUCUGUUCUUUGGCGCUUCGCUCUAGUUUGCACUGGUGGUCGCGGUUCGCAGACCCUAGUCUAGUUCCACAAAAGCUGUAAUACAGCUCUCGUUUGCAGUGAGUUGAUUGUAAUAGUACAAGAGGACGCCGUCAAGAUCGGCUACGGAUUUGUUGAGAGCUUAGUGUGCCCGGUCACGAAAAGUCACUUUUGUAGCUGGCAAGGCAUCAGGAGUUCGCUGGACAAGCAGUUUUCUUUAGAGCAUCGUUGGGGGAUGUGUUUAAUCUUUUGAUCCCAGUGUUCACCAAGUGGCGUGUUCGUUACACAGCUCAAGUUCUUUUUUUGGGCCAAGCAAUGUGUGUUCGUGUGCAUGAUCGUUCGUCAGUGAGGCAGCACAUGGGCGGAACAGGUACUCGUCCUGUGCGCCCAUCGUAUUGCUGUGCGGUGGAGUGUUCUUACUGAAGCGGCUGAUGCUGCUGCUGCUGUUGUGACGUUUUCAAGGGCAUAUUUCAUGCAUGAACACUAUUUGCAGUGUUAAUGGCACUGUUUUGCUGGUGGUUAUUACCCUGCAACGGAGAUAGUUGAAGAGUGCUCCUGAAGUGUCACUGUUCGGUGAGACACAUGCUGCAAAUAUCCUUCAGUAAAGUAGUCAUGACUUGAGCAUAUGCCUAUGCUCAUACGCAGAUUACGUAGGGCAAGGAAUUCGGAAACUGCGUAUUAUACGUUAAACCUACAAGUGGGCACUACUUGGUGCACUUGAUGUCUUGGGUAGUGAAUUAUUGAAAAUCAAUAAAAACACUAAGAGUAAAUUAAAGAUAAAUGAAAAGCAUUAUCAUCCGACAGCCACCGACCGCAGGUCGACCAUUAAAAGGCUUUUAUUGUCUAGGCCCAGUAGAAACAUUAAGGUCAUCUGCGUCUUAUCUAUGUGUCACUUUAGAAAUCUCUGAUAUGAUUGUGACGAGUGCAAAAUUAUGACAUUCCUAGUACAUCAAGAUAAGGAAGCUCAGAAAUUAAGGCUCAGAUGGGCAGUGGUGGAAGGAAGACCUGUGGUGAAACUGCCCCAGAAUAGGAGGAAACCAUGCAACUGCGAGUUUGGAUACUUUCUUCAAGAAAAUUACUCUAGUCUAACUCUGUUGCAAGAUGCGUCUUUUGGUAAAGUACACGCAAGUCACUUGUAGGCAGAGAGGGGAUUUUUUUUCUACAAAUAUCCCAAAUAAGUUAAACUGCACCUAGCAUACAUAUUGUGGCAAUUGAUGAAAACCUAGUCACUGCUCGCAGGCAGCGGCUUUUCCCGCUUUUCUCUUUGGUGCUUGCCGUAAGUGAGGAAUACACCCAAUGAAACGUUAGACGUAACACUUGUACUAAUGAGGAGCUACCCUUAAUGCAUUUAUAUAAAAGAGUAUGUCUUAACGGCCGGCAAGGGCUAUCGUUUUGCAUGGACACUGAAUGCCAAAAAAAAAUAUGCGCAAACUUGUGAAGUUGAUGUCAAAGUGUUGGCUGAGAGAAGGAAUGUAUAUAUGUUUUGUACAUAACUAUUUAAAAAAAUGGUCACCACUAUCUGUAUAUAGUAGAUGGUUACGUGUUUCACGACAUCCUGGCGAGAAAUCAGUUGGUGUCAUAUUCGUUUUCAGAUCACACCCUGAAACGUCACUCAACAAUGUGCUGGAUCUUGUGCCAAAUGUUUCGUUGCGCUGUUUUGAACUUGUGUUAGAGGUAUUGCUUGUGUUAAGUUUUCAGGUGUUUAAGUAUAGAAAUGCUGAACUACCUAUUACGUGUUCGUCUACUCACGAUGUUAAAGAAUUAACCGUCAUGGUGUGCCAGUUACCAAAUGAUGUGUCGAGUCCGUGACACACCGAAGAGGACUCCGUAAAAUGAACACUGAAUAACAUUCUUGAGCCUGGUAAAUCUAGGCUGUGCUAAUCAUUCACUUUAUUUUCUAUUACAUGGCUCAUUUUGUGCACUCCGUUUAUUUACACGUUCCCUCAUGUCGAUUUCCAUGGAUUUAGCAGCUUACUUCGGCGUAAUACGAACUAUCAAGUCAUUUUUAACCAACCUCAUGAGCGACGACCCCAAAGAAAGGAAUAAAUGUAUUGUUGAUUCAACGUAAGUUAAGCCAGUAAUGGUUUCUCAGUACGUUUCCAGAGACAACUAAUCAAAUACAUUGUUACGGGGAGAAAUCAUCAUUCGCCGGAUAAUUCGCUCACAAUGGUAUUUCUUUACGUGGCUGGAGUUGUCAAAGUUGUCCAAUGCCGCCCUCUUCAUCAUGAUAUUCUGUCGUUUGCUAUUGGCGAUGCUAUUGGAAUAUUAUAACCAACUAUGUUCUUUACAGUGAUUGCUAUCACAUGGCAACCAUCGUCGUACCUCACAAAUGAGAAGCACUGUAAGUCUGAAACCUUGUUUUUGACUGCUCAGGAGAACAAGGUUCAGAAGAAUUUCUGGUCAACCGGAUAGUUUCUUUUAAAGGCGUUAUAACCAAUGUGCACCAGCCGCCAGCUCCAGAUAUCUACAUAGAAAAGCGCGAAAGCCCAGCAGAUGUGCCGCGAAUGUUCUGUUUGCCGUUGAAGCAGCCGCAGCUGCUGGUUUAAGGAAUACUAGGGAAAAAUCUUUACAUGAAACAGUGUAGGUUGCUCUCCCAACCAAUGCUUAUUGAUCUGACUUGAGAGAACAAUAAAAAUAAAUCAGUUCUCUGCACCACCGCGUACUAAGGAAACUCACGAUUGAGCAAUGCAGAACUGAACUUAUUUUCCCGAUGCACAAAACGGCGAAACUGCUGGUUUUAAGCGGCAUCUCAUUCAAUAACACUAUGCACGAACAGAGAGAAGCAUAGUUAUCUGCACGACAACGUAAAUAAAGGCAGUUGUGUUAUGUUUACUGGAGGAGACCUGCUAGAUAUUCGAAUGUCUGUACAUCCUCUUCACAUUUACAGGCAAGGCGAUGAAUCAGUCAGACGCUUUACUUUUAUUUUUUCCAACGAAGGGGCGAAGUGUUUCGUUCGACCGAUGGCUUUGCUAGGUUUGCUACUUCUCUACGAGAUUCCCAUAUUAAAAAAAUAUCGAAAGCACUUUACGGCGCUGAGAGAACGUUGAUCAAUAUCGCGGAACUAGUCCUAUCCAGCAGACAUCUGAUGAAACAGAUCUGAAGCCGACGUCCACCACCCGCUGUGGGUUUGCCCUGCGUUGAAAGCGACGAGGCUCCGGCACCUCGCAGCAGCGGGACUUUCGCCGCAUAAUCCUAGCCACUACACGACUUGGACGCAGGGACCACAUUAUCAAUCCCUCCUGGGCUUUAUUAGAUCCGCAAAUCUCUUUUCAUUCAC